CCAAGAGCCGAGAGGACACCGGAGAGAGGCUGGAAUUAAAACCCGCCCUCCGGAGGGAUCUCAUUUCCCCCCAAAACCUCCCAUUUUUUCUCUCUCUCUCUUCCCUCUCUUCCUCUCUCUCUCUUUCCCUCUCUCUGUCUCUCUCUCUCUCUCGCCCCUCUCUCCUCCUUCACCUUUAUCCCUCGCUUUCCGCCGUCUCCCCCACCACAAUCAUGGAUCUCGCGGCGAGAUGUUUGCUCCUGCUCUCCUGGCUCGGCUGCGCGAUAUCGGCGAUCGAUUUGGACGCGAUCGAUCCGGGUUACUACGUGGAGCCCGCUGCCACAUCAGAGCCGAUCGACUACAAGGAUCCCUGUAAAGCCGUUGCCUUUCUGGGAGACAUCGCUCUGGACGAGGAGGACAUGCGGAUGUUUAAAGUGGACAGGAUAAUAGAUUUGGCUCAGAGAACUGUCCAGACUGUCAAUCACACAGAAACAGGAUUGACCAAUCAGAACAGCCAAAAUAGACAUGGCUCACAUCGCAGGAAAAGGGCGGCCACUUCCAGACCGGAGCGCGUCUGGCCUGAAGGUGUUAUUCCCUAUGUCAUCAGUGGUAACUUCAGUGGCAGCCAGCGGGCUAUAUUCCGCCAAGCCAUGCGGCACUGGGAGAAGCACACCUGUGUGACCUUUGUAGAGCGGACGCAGGAGGAGAGCUAUAUUGUCUUCACCUACCGACCAUGUGGGUGCUGCUCCUAUGUGGGUCGCCGGGGAGGGGGCCCCCAAGCCAUAUCCAUCGGGAAAAACUGUGACAAGUUUGGCAUUGUGGUGCACGAGCUGGGUCACGUGAUUGGCUUCUGGCACGAACACACGCGGCCCGACCGAGACGAACACGUCAGCAUUAUCAGGGACAACAUUCAGCCAGGACAGGAGUAUAACUUCUUGAAGAUGGAACCAGGGGAGGUGGACUCACUGGGAGAAGUCUAUGACUUUGACAGUAUCAUGCACUAUGCCAGGAAUACAUUCUCCAGAGGCAUCUUCCUGGACACCAUCCUGCCGCGCUACGAUGUGAACGGCGUGCGGCCGCCCAUUGGCCAGAGGACCAGACUGAGCAAAGGGGAUAUCAUACAGGCACGCAAACUCUACAAAUGCUCCAGAUGUGGGGACAGUCUGCAGGACAGCAGCGGGAACUUCUCCUCUCCUGGCUUCCCCAACGGAUACUCGGCCUACAUGCACUGCAUCUGGAGAAUAUCAGUCACGCCGGGGGAAAAGAUCAUUCUGAACUUCACUUCCAUGGACCUGUACAGGAGUCACCUGUGCUGGUACGACCACGUGGAGAUCCGAGAUGGAUACUGGAGGAAGGCGCCACUCAAAGGUCGUUUCUGUGGCGAUAAGUUGCCCGAGCCCAUCAUCUCCACCGACAGCCGCCUGUGGAUCGAGUUCCGCAGCAGCAGUAACUGGGUGGGAAAAGGUUUCUCCGCCGUCUAUGAGGCCAUCUGUGGUGGGGAGGUGAAGAAGGACAACGGCCAGAUCCAGUCCCCCAACUACCCUGACGACUACAGGCCCAACAAAGUGUGCGUGUGGAAGAUUUCUGUAGCUCAGGGCUACCACGUGGGCCUCACUUUCCAGUCGUUUGAAAUUGAGAGACACGACAGUUGUGCCUAUGACUACCUGGAGGUGCGUGAUGGCAACUCUGAGAACGGCCCUUUGCUGGGCCGCUUCUGUGGCUACGACAAGCCAGAUGACAUCAAAACCAGCUCCAACCACCUGUGGAUGAAAUUUGUUUCAGAUGGCUCGGUCAACAAGGCCGGCUUCGCUGCCAACUUCUUCAAAGAGAUGGAUGAGUGCUCCAAACCGGACAACGGUCGCUGUGAGCAACGCUGUGUCAACACACUAGGCAGCUACAAGUGCGCCUGUGACCCGGGCUAUGAGCUGGCGGCUGACAAGCGCAGCUGCGAGGCUGCCUGUGGAGGCUUCAUCACCAAGCUGAAUGGGUCAAUCACCAGCCCAGGCUGGCCCAGAGAGUACCCUCCAAACAAGAACUGCAUCUGGCAGCUGGUCGCCCCCACGCAGUACCGCAUCACUCUGCUCUUUGACGUCUUUGAGACUGAGGGCAAUGACGUGAGCACUGGGGUUAUUUUGAAUCGACACGGGGUUUGUAAGUACGACUACGUGGAGGUGCGCAGCGGGCUCUCAGCAGACUCCAGGCUACAUGGGAAGUUCUGCGGGGCCGAGAAGCCAGAAGCCAUUACCUCUCAGUAUAACAACAUGAGAAUUGAGUUCAAAUCCGACAAUACCGUGUCUAAGAAGGGCUUUAAAGCACAAUUCUUCUCAGACAAAGACGAGUGCUCCAAGGAGAACGGCGGCUGUCAACACGAGUGUGUCAACACUUUCGGGAGCUACAGCUGUCAGUGCAGGAGCGGCUUUGUGCUGCACGAGAACAAGCACGACUGUAAAGAAGCUGGCUGUGACCACACGGUGAACAGUGUGAGUGGUAUCAUCACCAGCCCCAAUUGGCCGGAUAAAUACCCCAGCAAGAAGGCGUGCACCUGGGCCCUCACCACCACUCAAGGCCACCGCAUCAAAAUCACUUUCAAUGAGAUCGACCUGGAGGCCCACUUGGAGUGUACUUACGACCACAUUGAGAUUUACGAUGGCCGCGACGGAAAAGCCCCAAGUCUGGGUCGUUACUGUGGCACAAAGAAGCCGCAGCCCAUCAUGUCUAGUGGCAACAAGCUGUUCAUUCGCUUUUUCUCGGAUAAUUCAGUGCAGAAGAAAGGAUUUGAGGCUUCGCACACUGCAGAGUGUGGUGGUCACCUCAAGGCAGAGGUGAAGACCAAGGACCUGUUCUCCCAUGCCCAGUUUGGGGACAACAACUACCCCGGAGCCUCCGACUGCGAGUGGGUGAUCUCGGCGGAGAAAGGCUACGGCGUGGAGCUCAUCUUCCAGACCUUCGAGAUUGAGGAGGAGGCAGACUGUGGCUAUGACUACAUGGAGCUGUUCGACGGAGAUGACACCAAGUCUCCACGGCUGGGGCGUUACUGUGGCUCAGGGCCUCCAGAGGAGAUCUACUCAGCCGGUGACUCCAUUGUGAUCAAGUUCCGUUCUGACGACACAAUCAACAAAAAAGGAUUCCACGUCCGCUACACCAGCACCAAGUUUCAGGACACACUUCACUCGCGCAAGUGACAAGCGGUGGCCGGAAGGGGCCGCGCAGGGCCAAGGGGCAAGCGGAGGGGCCCCCAGGGGAGGCGCCAGCCUGACGCUCGGAACCCUUCGGCCACCAAGAUGAAUCAGACACGACAGAACAGCCGCAAGACCACCAACCGCACCUCAGCUCCUAGGGGCUCUAGCUCCCCCCACAGACUGUGAGGAGUAAAGCCAUUCUGCAGUACACCUUGUUUCUACCUUUUUAUGGUUAGGAUUGGGGUGGGAGGGUGGACGUCCACUUUAGGCGGACAUUGGGGGAAAAUGUAUUGACCCAGUUCCCUCCAUAUAAUUUUUUUCAUUUGUUUCUUCUUUUUUUUUUUUUUUUUUUAACAUGCCUCCUAAUGAGAGGCACACAAGGAAAACAGUGGAUUCUCAGGACCUGCAGGACGGCAGGCAUCAGCUGGGCAGAUCCCUGCUUUUGUCGUGCCGACCACCACAUCCAGGGGGGGAGGAGAAGGGAGAGGAGGGAGGGAGUCAGGGAUCUCCUGCGCUCCUCUGUAAUUCUCCUCCUCUCCUCACUCUCUAAUCCCUUCGGUUCAAGGAUUCCUGUCUCUAAAAGGAUUAGAAAGACUUGACUUGAGAUUUUGAUACUGUAUGUCGGUCAAUUGCAUGUAAUUACAAGCAGCGAAGGAAAAAUUGUACAGCGGCAACACCAGCAUUUGUAAUUGGCAUUGUCCUGGCAUGCAGUGGCAAGAUUCUCGUUGUUACCAUUAACAAGGAAAUUAAGGAAGCAGUUAUAUUAUUAAAGGACUAAUAAAAGAAAUGUGGUCCAUGUCUUCUGGUUGGUAAUUGCUCACUUGACGACUGGCUAUUACUGUACCUCUAUGUAUAAAGUCAUGUGUAUAAUCUUUCAAAGGGAACAUGUGCUUUUCUCAGCUCGAACCAGUUAGCACUUUACAGAGAAUUGUUCCAAAAUCAUGAGCUUAUGAAUUUUUGUGAAAUGCAAUGCCAGUUCACUUAUUUUUAAAAUGCAUUUUAUCUCUCUUAUUCUUAAUUGUUUUUUUUAAUUGCUCCAUUUAGUUCCUCAGGCAUACUUGAACAUUGUGUGUGCCCUGCAACAUGGGGUAAUAAAGAUAUGACUAAAUGUUUCAGUGUUGAUUUACAGGUCUGAUGUAAAAUAAUCUCUCUCCAGAGGAAAUGCCUUUUUCUUGGUACAAUGAAGUAUUUCUCAAGAACCAAAUGAGCCUGGCUAUUUAUUGUUAUAGUAAUUACAUGUAUGAUGUAAAGGUGGAAAGGUACUGUUGACAUUAGCCCUAAAAUUGCCUUCUCAUGUAUAGCCAUUGGUCUAUGUUGAAUAUACUAUGUUGCUCACUCA